AUGAAACUUUCAAUGACAUAUAAAUAUGGUAUAAUCAUCGAAGGAUGGAACUUCCUAGUAGAAGUCGAAGAUAUACCAGCUUCAAAGUCUAAGAAGUUCACUCGAAUGGUGGUAAAAGCCGUGUGGGUACAGUGGUCGUGGCUAACAUGA